UGUGCAUCGCAGUUGCGAUUCCCGUAUUACUACUGCGUCUUAAAGGAAUGGAAUAUAAAAGUUUAGUUAUGGAUUUUAAAAAUAAAAUGUUAAUGUACAUGCUUUAUUUAGUCUUAUUUAAAACUGUUUUUUCACAAUUAUUAAGUGAAACAUCGUCCUCAAGAAUUUUUAAAAGAUUCGACAGACUUGAAAACGAUGUACUCGUGAUUCGAGACGAUGUACUUGUGAUUCGAAAGGCUCUAAAAGAAGAAAGUGAUGUAUUUAGAGAGGACAUUUCUACGCUUUUUAACGAACUGCGAAAUUUACGAAAGGAUCUGGAUGAAGAAAGAAAACGAAGAAUUGGGGAUAUUUCUACGGUGUCUUACAGGUUAACGGAAUCAGGACAGGUAGAAAGAAAUGACAAAGAACCAGUUUCCAUAACGCAGCAAGUGUCAUGUGAUUGUGGAGCUGUUUCGAGUCAGUUUAAAAAUGUAAUAAAUGCAUUUAAAAAUGAAAAAUCCGAAAACAUAGUUCUUCGAAAGAAAUUUGACGAAAUGAAAAAAGAACAUGAUUUUGAAAUCGGAAAUCUCCUCGAAAUGUUUAAUAAUAAUGUUUCUGGAUUAUACAGUACGGACAGGUCAUUACGUUCAGAAAUAGACACCAUCAAAACUGAAACAAAGGCAAAUUUGAGCGCUACACAGAAGCUGGUUCACGACAGCUUUGUUGUCUGUAAAAAAGAUAUUAAUUACGCGCGUGCUUACUUCGACGAAGGGUUAAUGCGUCUAAAUGAGUCAUUGACGAAUCUUUCUCUGAAUGCAUUACACGAAAAAUCUCGCAUAACAUCAGAUAUUGCCAGUCUUAUAACGUCGAAGGAAAUCUUGAAUAACGUAACUGAUAAUUUAAUUCAGCUUCAACGUCAUCACCCACAGUCUUGCGACUUUGUAGAAAAGAGUGGCACAUACAAAAUCUACCCCAGUUCUCACCCAAACGGCAUCAUGGUAUAUUGUUAUAAGGAAUCCGCAAAUAAGGGAUGGAUAGUAAUACAGAGGAGAGCAGACGGAUCUGUGAACUUCAACCGCACUUGGGCCGAUUACAAAGCUGGCUUCGGCGACUUGAGUGGGGAGUUCUGGUUGGGAAAUGAGAAUAUCUACCAGCUGACUAAGAACGAACCAAGAGAACUGCGGAUCGAUAUGGAGGCGUUCAAUGGAACAAAGCGAUAUGCACUGUAUUCAAAGUUCAGUAUUUCGUCCGAGUCUGAGAAAUUUAAGCUACAUGUGGACGGAUACUCUGGUGACGCAGGAGACGAUUUAACUAAACCUACUCGAACUCACAAUGGUCAGUCGUUUUCAACUGUCGAUGCAGAUAAUGAUAUUUCUAGUGCAUGUUGUGUAUGCAGUUAUGGAGGAGGUUGGUGGUAUAACAAUUGUUUCGAAUCCAAUCUGAACGGGAAAUACCUCCAGAGAAGCGAGAAAGUUAUUUACAAUCGUGGAAUUAUCUGGCCCAGCUUAACUGGGUGGAAUACAUCUUUGAAAUUUGUCGCAAUGAACAUACGCUAAGGAUGCAAGUUGGUACGUUGAUAUAACCUGAUAGUUCAUUGCCAUCAGAGCAAGACAAAUACUUGUUGUUCGUGUUUUAUUUGCGUGUUUAAUAGUUUGACUUUAAUACAAGUUCCACUAUAUUAUUAAACUCUUAAUAUUUUUAAAUAACUUUGAGACACCUACCAGGGGAAACCCUGUCGUUUAUUUAUUGAAAACAUAACCUGCCAACAUAUAUCGGGCAUCAUUACAUACCAAUUUGUAACUAACAAAUCGCUUCUUCAUUUGUUAUAACUUUUGUUCAUCUACAUAAUUUAAAAUACAUUAAUUGUUUUCUCUUGCUUCUACCUUUUUGAAUGUAUCUACUGUUUUGACAAUGUAAAAGGAUAUAAGUACUAACAAGUGAAAUUGCAAUUUGUGGUAUAAAACAUGGGAUUUUAUUUAGCAUGAUGAAGUUGUAGCAGGUUAUGCCUUUCAUAAUUAUAUAUAGUGUAUUGUGUUUAACGUUCAUCGUGUCUUAAAUAUGUUUAUGUGUAACUUUUAAAUUUCAAGUUUCAUGUAAAUUUGAUGUUUAUCCAACCGUAUACAUGUUUGGGCUGCUGUAUGCUUCUAAAUAUUUCCAUAUUUAGCAGAAGUGUGACCCCGGGUGAAAAGAAUUUACAUAAAACUCCAAUCAAUCGUCGUAUGUGUUUGGUCUUUCUUAUAGUUUCAUACUAAAUUCAUCUCGACGCGCUAUUAACGUGUUGUUGACUGACGGACGGACAGUCAGUCGGAUACACGGACAGACGUAUGAACGGAAGCCUUAAUACCCUCGGUGAAACAGCAGAAAGGGGCUGAAAAGAAACUAUCGCCAAAUAUGUAUGUAUCAUCAGUUUCCAGAGCACGCCGUUGUUACAAUCAGAUUACUGACAUGGCAGUGUGACAAUAAACUUUAUUGAAUGGUUGAUGUCGUUUCUAGCGAGUAAAAAACUGUGAACUGGUAGAUCUUGUUUCGAAAUGUUUAAAUUACAAUUGUCUUUACCUGUGUUUAGGAAAUAAGCUUUGACUUGAAAAUCAUAUCAUAAACCUAUGUAUGAUCAGAAAACUUUUAUUUCCGUAAAUAUUGUAAAAAGAAACCUUAUACUCUUCAGCCGCUGCAGUUUUGUAAAGUGAAAAUUAAAUGAUAUCGAAGUGUUGAAAAUUGUUCUCAAAAGCGUCGAAUGGCAACAUGUCAGUAAUGAUAUAGGCGAUGGUAUUGUCAUAUACCCUAUUUUAUCAUUGCAUCGCUCUCAAGGCUUAAGAGUUAGGGGUUAAAGGGUUAAAUGGGGCGGUUGCACCAUGGUCACCUUGGUAUGGGUCACACAUCUCUAUUCAAGAUUUUCUUGCGUACGUGCACGAGUGGCUUUUUAUUAUUAUAUGGGAAUGUUUAUUUAUGAUUUUUGCAUUAUUAAAAAUUAUAAAACAAGAAAACCACAUUC